AGGGGCGUGUCCGGGGCGUGGCGGGCGGCGGGCGGCGCUUUGUGCGCGGCGGCGGCGGCGGCGGGCCCGGCCGGGGCCAUGGAGCGCUGGACCGGCCGCGUCGCGCUGGUCACCGGCGCCUCCGUGGGCAUCGGCGCGGCCGUGGCGCGGGCGCUGGUGCAGCACGGCAUGAAGGUGGUGGGAUGCGCUCGCAGCGUCGAUAAGAUCGAGAAGCUGGCAGCUGAGUGCCAGAGCGCCGGCUACCCGGGCACGCUGAUCCCCUACAAGUGUGACCUGUCCAACGAGGAGGAGAUCCUGUCCAUGUUCUCGGCCAUCAAGACCCUGCACCAGGGCGUGGACGUCUGCAUCAACAACGCGGGGCUGGCCCGGCCCGAGCCCCUGCUCUCGGGGAGGACAGAGGGCUGGAGGACCAUGAUAGAUGUCAAUGUGAUGGCUGUGAGCAUCUGCACGAGGGAGGCCUAUCAGUCCAUGAAGGAGAGGAACAUCGACGAUGGGCAUAUAAUUAACAUUAACAGCAUGAACGGGCACAGCGUGGUGCCCCAGUCCGUGGUGCACUUCUACAGUGCCACCAAGUACGCGGUGACGGCGCUGACCGAGGGGCUGCGGCAGGAGCUGCGCGAGGCCAGGACGCACAUCCGAGCCACAUGUAUAUCUCCAGGACUGGUGGAAACAGGAUUUGCUUUUAAACUUCAUGAUAACGACCCCGAGAGAGCUGCUGCCACCUACGAGAGCAUUCGGUGUCUCAAGGCUGAAGACAUGGCCAACGCUGUCAUCUAUGUCCUCAGUGCCCCUCCUCACGUUCAGAUCGGGGAUAUUCAGAUGAGGCCCACGGAGCAGAUCUCGUAGCAGGGGAGGAGGAUGAGGAGGAGCACGAGCAGCACCCUGUCCACUCCACUUGGAACCCUCUGGCAGCCCAGGGUUCCCUCAGCUGGCUGGCAACGUUUUAAUCAAGUACCAAGGAUCACGUUUGAAGAAUUCUUUUUCUCUCACUCUCUGAGCUGGUGCUGGUGCUGAGCCAGUUUGAGGAAAAAAGAAAAAAAAAAAAAGAACCACAAACUCCUAGUUGGGUCUCUUUCUCCCCCACUCCUUUCUGGAACUGCUUAAGAGUAAAAAUGUAUUUGAAAAUAAUGCAGGGAAGUGGUUUGUGGAAGAAGGUUUGUCUCCAGGCUGGUUUAUUCUUCCUUUUGCUUUCUUUUUGAGGUUUGUUUGAUCUUAGUUGCUGAUGCUGUGUGUGGGCCUAGGUGAAGUGGCACAAGGUGUUUGCCAGCUUCAGUGUGCUUAGGGUUUGAGAUUUUUCAGUGGAUGUCUCACAUGAAUCCAUCUAAUAUUCUGAGUUUGUUUGCAUCAGGUUGAUUACUGAUGGUGAUGAUGCAUGUGGUAUUUUCUAUUUCUUUUGUGUUCCACUGCCCUAACCCCAGUGUACAACCUCCCCCAGCCCUCCUCUGCCCUUCACAUGAAUCAUGCCUGCCGAGUUUGAGGACGUAUAAAUGUGUGUGCUUGAUAUUUCUCUUUUUUUCUAGGUAGGUAGAUAGUUGGAGGAACAGCACCUGUCCCUGUGCAGGUUAGGGUGAUAAUCUAAGUGGCAUAGUUACAGUCAGAGUGAGUUGUUUGGUAUUUUUAAUAAAAACUAAACGUGUGCUGUCCUGUGAUCACCUCUAUCCUGGGUGUCAUCUCCCAGCACUCUCGAUGUUCUGUGUGUGAUACUUGCAUGCAUUGACACUUUUCUGGAAACGUGGAUUGCUCUGGUGCUGUCGAAAUGCUGGUGCUGAGGAGCUGGAAGUGGUGGAAGUUUAUUUUUAUGUAGAGACACAAACUUUGAGAGAGAGAGGAGACAGAGAGAGCAGAACGAGCCGUGCUGAAGGUGUCCAGAGCGAGGAGAGAUCUGCAGGGGCAUUUUGGCUACAGAAAGCAGCAGGUGGAAGCUCUGGCUGAGCUCUGGUGUGGGUGCAGCCCCAGGGUUUGGCUCUGGGUUUACUCUGAGUCGAGGGAGAGGAGAAUUGGCCCCGCAGCAGAGCUGGAGCUGUCUGAGCCUCUCUGCAGGAGCUCUGUGUGUGCCCAGCUCUCCGUGGAGCUCUUGGACACGUUGCCUUAAGGCUGCAGAGCCUGUGCAGCUCCUGCCGGGCCCCAGGCAGCGUUCCAGAAGGUCAGGGAUGGUCAGUGGGCCGGAGCAGAGGACGGAGAGCCCGGGAAAUUGGGGUUGGAUUGUUUGGCUGACACCAGGAGAGCCCUGAGGCUUCAUCUGGGCCACCAGGACACGAGUCCAGCUCCCUGCACAGCCUCGGGCAAGUCACUUUACCUCUCUGCCUCAGUUUCCCCGUCUGGAGAAUGGGGAUAAUGACACUCACCUACCUCACAGGGGUGUUGUGAGGACUCACAAGCUUUUGUAAAGCACUUUGACCACGACAGGCGCUGUGUAAGUGCUGAGUGUUGAUAGUGAAGUAUUAUUGUGAAUUAAACCUUGUGAUACCUAGAAUUCCUUGUGCCAAAGGUGAGGAGGAUACAAGGAGAAAACUGGCAAAAUGUUCCUUUCACGAUGGCAAAAACAAAAGGCAAUUUGCCCUUUUUUUCCUCUUUAUUAACACAUGCUGUGUUCUGUCCAUUCCUCACCUGUCACCAGCUUCUACUGACAAGUGCAUCUGGAUUGGGCUUUUUAAUUUGUUGAGUGAAAUCCCAGCCCUUGGGGAGGCUUGCACUGCUGCAGGGUGCCAGGGUGGUGCCUUUGUGUGGAUUCCCAGCAGGCGCCCUGGGCAGUGUGUGCCAUCUUCAGCAGAAGGUGUUCAACUACUAAAGAGGCCAAAAAAAAAAAAAAAUAAUAAUAUUGAGAAAUUAGGAACUUGUGAGCAGAAGCAGACCGAGCAGGGAUGUGGGCAGCAGUGGUGAAACACUGAAUUGUGGCAGCAACUGUGUGCAAAGUUCAGCAGAUGUUGAAAUGUGUGGCUGAGGAGGGGCUCUGCACCUCCCUGUGCUGUGAAAAGAGGACUUGGAGGGAAUUGCUGAAGAUGCAGAACCUUGACAAAGGGUUUGUCCAGGUGUUUGCUCCCUGCAAAUACAACCUGGCUGCCCUGCAGCCCUGAAGUUGUUGAGUUUUUUUUCCCCAGGAACAUUUGUAAGUCUCUAACCUCGAGAUGAUGUGCAGUAUAUUUUUCCAUUUGAAGUGUGGCUUUAGGGGCUCACCCCUGCUGCCCAUUGAGCUCCCCCAAGGAGGGCUCCCUGCAGGUUUGGUGGCCUCGGGUGGCCUUGGUGGCACGUCCUGCCACCCUCCUGGGAUGAGAUGGGACACGGCUCCGAGGCAGUGAAACCCCUCCAACGCCAGGAGCACUGAACUGUGUAACUUAUCAGCAGCUUUCUAAUUGUGAACUGUAAAAUAAAGAAUAAAAAGAGAGGCACACUGUG